AUGGCGGAGAAGGCAUGUGUCAAGCGCCUCCAGAAGGAAUAUAGAGCCCUCUGCAAAGAACCAGUUUCUCAUAUUGUGGCCCGUCCUUCGCCAAAUGAUAUUCUCGAAUGGCACUACGUGUUGGAGGGAAGUGAAGGAACACCUUUUGCAGGUGGAUUUUACUAUGGAAAGAUCAAGUUUCCUCCAGAAUAUCCAUAUAAACCACCAGGAAUCAGUAUGACUACUCCCAAUGGAAGAUUCAUGACUCAGAAGAAAAUUUGUUUGUCUAUGAGUGAUUUCCAUCCUGAAAGUUGGAAUCCAAUGUGGUCUGUGUCAAGCAUACUUACGGGGCUUCUUUCAUUUAUGAUGGACAACAGUCCCACUACCGGCAGUGUGAACACUACUACUGCUGAGAAGCAACGUUUGGCAAAGGCUUCUCUUGCGUUUAACUCUAAAAAUCCAACAUUCCGGAAAAUCUUUCCCGAGUAUGUGGAGAAGUAUAACCAGCAGCAGCUUUCUGAGCAGCUUAUUACAGAGCGGGUGUCAUCUGAGCUAUCUCAAGAAAAUUCCAGGCCGUUGUUGGAAAAGGUUGAUGACUCAACAGGAGGUAUGAAAAGACUAGAUGCCUUAAAGGAGGCGAGGAAAAACAAAAAGCAGUCAUUCCCAACCUGGAUGAUGUUGUUGCUAAUUUCCGUCUUUGGUGUUGUAAUGGCGCUGCCUCUACUUCAACUUUAG